GCUGACUCCGGCGUCACUUGCGCUCAAAUCCCGGGUGUGUUUUCGGACGGUCAGCUGUGCAAGUAAAACCAUUGGAGACGGGCCGGUGCAAACUUAAUUCAGUCUCCCUCACAACGAGACCGAGGCCAUUGAGAGCCUCUACAGAUGGCGCGACUUCUGAACAUGUAAGCCGGCGUUUUGAGGCGUGAAACACACCGGAACAGGAGGUGACAGCGGUUGACAGGAGCUGAGAUUGACAGUCUUUCAAGCCAUGAAUCGUGCUGAUGGUCUCGCGUCAACCAAUGGACGAGGAUGAGGUCAUGUGAGUGUGCACCGUCGUCGCAGUGCUGCCGACUUGUAGCUGGGCGAAAUCUCACCUCGAUGGACUGGGGGCCUCUUCUGCACGUGGUUGACCUCCUGUCAUCAACCUGAGAGGCGUAUCUACGGCGCCCGGAGCAGGAAACGGAGCCGAAGCUCAACAGCUCAAAUAUUGCAGAAGAGGGGGACUACGUUCAUUCUGCAUCAAAAAUUACCAUCUGCAGCUCGCCAGAGGAAUGCACGACUGAAAGCUGUUCCCAUGAGGACAAACACCUGUGCAUUGGCCGGACGGGCGUGGGAGCCCGACCAUGGGGGACACGGCGGACUACCAGAGACUGCAGGAGGCGUCGGACUCCGACUACCAACGGCUGCCCGGCAACGACGAAGAGAAACUGGGCGGUAGCAUGCAGUGUGAGGAAGGUACAGAGUGGCUGCUGGAGCUGCUGAUGGAGGUGCAGCUGCAGCAGUACCUCCUUCGGAUCCGAGAUGACCUCAACGUCACGCGGCUGUCCCACUUUGACUACGUCAAGAACGAAGACCUGGAGAAGAUCGGCAUGGGUCGACCUGGACAGAGACGACUGUGGGAGGCUGUGAAAAGGAGGAAAGCCAUGUGCAAGCGUAAAUCCUGGAUGAGCAAGGUGUUCAGUGGAAAGCGGCCAGACGGAGGAGACUUCCCCCAGCAGGGCCAGCCGGCCUCCUCCUUCCGUAAGCUGUCUCCCACACCUCCACUGGGCCUGGAGGAGGGAGUCCUGGCCACGCACCCCGGUGGUGGUGGUGGGGCUCCUCUCGAUGAGCAGCAGCAGGCCCUGACCUGCCUCAUCCCAGAGAAGGAUCUGACGCUGUUUGAGAAGCUGGGGGACGGAACCUUCGGUGUGGUGAAGAGAGGAGAGUGGCUGACGCCCGCAGGGAAGGUGCUGAAUGUAGCCGUGAAGUGUCUGAAGACAGACGUGCUCAGCCAGCCCGAAGCUCUGGAGGACUUCAUCUGUGAGGUCAACGCCAUGCACUCCCUGGACCACCAGAACCUCAUUCGUCUCUACGGUGUGGUGCUGACACAUCCAAUGAAAAUGGUGACCGAGCUGGCUCCCCUGGGUUCCCUGCUGGAGCGCCUGCGCUGUGUGCGUCCGCUGGGCCCGGUGUUGAUCCACACUCUGUGCCAGUACGCUGUGCAGGUGGCUUGUGGCAUGGCCUAUCUGGAGCAAAGGAGGUUCAUCCACAGGGACCUGGCAGCCAGGAACAUCCUGCUGGCCUCAGCUCACAGAGUGAAGAUAGGAGACUUUGGCCUGAUGAGGGCGCUGCCCAACAACCACGAGCACUACGUCAUGCAGGAGCAUCGCAAGGUCCCCUUUGCAUGGUGCGCCCCAGAGAGUCUCAAGACCAGAACGUUCUCUCACGCCACUGACACAUGGAUGUUUGGAGUCACUCUCUGGGAGAUGUUCACACACGGCCAGGAGCCUUGGCUCGGUCUCAAUGGGAGCCAGAUUUUGCACAAGAUUGAUAAAGAAGGUGAGCGCCUCCCUAAGCCUGAAGACUGUCCGCAGGACGUCUAUCAUGUGGCGCUGCAGUGUUGGGCUCAGAAACCAGAUGACAGACCCUCCUUUGUUGCGCUGCGUGAGUUCUUGCUUGAGACCAUGCCCACAGACAUGUGUGCCCUGCAGGACUUUGAUGAGCCUGACAAACUCCAUAUCCAGAUCAAUGAUGUCAUCACUAUAAUAGAGGGGAGGGCGGAGAACUACUGGUGGAGAGGUCAAAACAAGCGAACCCUAAAGGUCGGACCUUUCCCCAGAAACGUGGUGACCUCGGUGGCAGGUUUGUCAGCUCAUGACAUCAGCCGGCCGCUCAAGAACAGCUUCAUCCACACGGGACACGGAGACAGCAACCCGCACCGGUGCUGGGGCUUCCCUGACAGGAUCGACGAUUUGUACCUCGGUAAUCCCAUGGAUCCGCCCGAUGUCAUCGGUGUUGACCCCGGUGGCACUCGGCUCACACAGCUACCAGGACGAGCUAGAAAGGAGCCUCCUCCUCGUCCUCCUCAACCAGCAGUGUUAAUCAAGAGUAAGUCUGGUUUCUCUCAGCAGCUCCUCACCCAUUGUUCCUGCCCUCUCUGUUCCCUCCUAGCUCCACUCCUCAGAGCGCCCUGCUACGACGCGGUGAAUGACGACGAGGAUCCGACUUCGGCCGGUCUAAAGAGAUUAUCGCUUUGGAAAACGGCGUCUGUCAAAGGCUUGAAGCUCAAACCGUCCGCGUGGGUCUCUGCUUCCAAACAGGGGAGUGGUCGGAUUUCAGGCUCGGGCCACACCCCCGGCAGUGAAGUGUCCCUCAUUGACUUUGGGGAGGAGUUCCCCCCGCCCACCCCGUCCCCCUCCCCUGUAGUGGAAAUUCAGAUUCCCACACUGGCAAAGCUGGCUUUGGAAGCAGAGAACCUCCUGGACCGGACCCCGCCUCAGAGCCCGCGUAGAUCGCUGCCCCGCCCCCUUCACCCCACACCAGUAGUGGACUGGGACGCUCGGCCGUUACCCCCACCCCCGGCCUAUGACGACGUGGCCCAAGACGAAGACGAUAUGGAGGUGAGCUCCAUCAACAGUUCAGAGCAGCAGCACGAAGAGGAGCAGGCUGAGGUCUGUAACCCAGAUGUGGCCCUCCUCUCUAGACCUGAGGUUGAGGGUGAUGCUGUGGUUGCCAGGGGUCCAGACCGAUCAGGUCUGGGGGACAACCUUUUUCUCCCCAGCAAGCAGAGCCAAAUUCUGUCCACCUCCUUCUCCCAGUCAGCAGAGAUCUUCCAAGAACUCCAGCAGGAGUGCAUGAAGAGGCUUAAUGUACCGACUGGAAGUGCUGCACGGUCGAGCUCCCCAUCUCAACAUCUCAACAGUUUAUCCCCGUGUCCCCGGACGCGACAGACUGACGAGGGACACAAGCGCACUGUCUUCUCCUCCAACGAGGACAAACCCCAAAUCCCCCCGCGUGUCCCCAUACCCCCUCGCCCCAUGAAGAGGGGCGACUACACGUCUCCUCGCUGGUCACAGGAUCUCUCCCUGUCACCAACACCGGCUGACGUCACAGAAGACGCUUCAGGCCAAGGACAACCACCUCGGAUCCCUCCCAGAGACCCUCUGUCCCAGCCGGGCUCCAGGACUCCCAGCCCCAUGGGCCUGGUAGUGGGCUCCCCCCAGCAGAGACUCUACUCUGUGAGCCCCGUCUCAACGCAGGCUCACCACACCUCCUGUCCUCCGGCACACACGUACGGCUCCUACCUCUCCAGCUCGCCAGGCAAACUCAUGCCCACCACGCACAGCUUCGCCUCGGAUCCGAAAUACGCGGCGCCCAAAGUGAUCCAGGCCCAGGGGCACGGGAGGGACUCGGCCGGCAAAGGCCCGUGUAUCCUCCCCAUCGUCCGCGACGGACGCAAAGUCAGCAGCACCCACUAUUACCUCCUGCCAGAGAGGCCGCCGUACCUCGACCGCUACGACCGCUUCUUCAGGGAGACCGAUGGCCAGCCGGCGGGCAGCGCGGAAGAGCGGCCCCUACGGCAGGCGAACACCGCCACGGUCAGACCCAUGGUCGCCGGCGGCCAGAUUCUCCAGGGACACGCCCAGGGACAGGCGCUCGUCCAGCCGGGUGAGCUGAAGGCUAAUUUCUCCUCCAACAAUAACAGCAGUCUGGGCGGGCCGCGGUCAGGGAUGAAGACCUCAGUCAGUCUGCCUCGCGUCGGUUCUGACGGGCCGACGGCGGCGGUGGUCGCCGCGUCCUGCGGCGGGACGGAGGGCGGCGGGAACUCGGCCGACAGGGUCAAAAUGGUGCAGGAGGCCGUUCAUGGUGUCACAAUAGAGGAGUGCCAAGGCGCCCUCCAAAACCACAGCUGGAACGUCCAGAAAGCUGUGCAUUCUCUAAAGGUGGAGCAGCUGUUCUGUCUGGGUCUGCGGAGCAGAGCAGAGUGCCUAAAGCUGUUGGAGAUGUGCGACUGGAACCUGGAGGUGGCCAGCACGCAGAUGUUGGACAACUAUGGAUCCACAACAAGACAGAGACGGUGACUGCUGAGCUCUGAUUGGAACUUCAUCCUGAGUAAGAUGUCAUCAGAGCUGGUGAAUCGGCUGCUGACCCUUCAUCCAUAUAUGCACCUCCAAUCAGAAGACUGUUAUUUAGCAAUGGAUGAAUCAAGCACAUCUGAACUGAACCGGCACAAAAUACCAUAUUAUUAUGGUAUUAUAUUAUUAUAUGCAUACCUAACAUGGACUACAGAAGUAGUUUGGGAGUAAAAAAAAAGAAGACGAUGGGUUAUUUUUGGACUUUGACCACCUUUUCUAACUGGUUCAGAGAAAAGAAUAAAUGACACCGCAUUUGGUUCAAUUUCGAUUGAUCAACCUGAAACGUGUCGUCCUGACAGGUUCCCUGCGGUCACAGAACGUGGGUGCUUCCCUACUGUGACACCUUGUGUCCUAUUGCCCCACAAUUGCUGUCCUUUUGUAAUGUUAAUGUUAAGGGGUUUGCAGAAGGCAAAAUAGCACAAUUUAAUCAGGAGCUCUUCCUUGGAUUUAAUCAAAAUACUACAUAGGGAAUGCGGUUUUGACCUCUACCAUUUAAAAUGUAUAAAGAGACAUUUUUUUGUUUGUUUACAACAUAUUGAUAAGUUAUUUAAUAUAUUUUGAACAUAAUGCUAAGAGACGAGAGAAGACUGUUAUGAGACACUGGGCGAGUCAUUUAGUGAACUAUUUAAAUCAGUGGGGCUUAAGAACUGAAGGGCUGUGCAGCCAGUGGACCCUUCCUGCUAAAACCUUCCUCAUUCAUUGCCUCUGCACUUGGCCCAAACAGUUUUUUUGUGCAUCAGCUGAAAACUGCCAGCUGGGUAUUUUCUGCAUACUACUUUGGCAGCUAAUAACAGCAAUGCAGUGGAAUUUACCCCCGAGGCGCAGAUCCUAACACUUAAAGUGACAAAUGUUAUAUUUCGGUCAGCAGCUUUGGAGGCAAUAAUUCGAAACUGGAAUGACUUGUCUGCUCUGUGUGAACCUUCUGCUGGGCAGAAAAUACAUUUUUCGGACUGGGUAUCGUGACAGCGAUGAACAUGAAAAACCUCUGGGCAACGCGUCCUCCCGUUUUUUUAUUUCGGCUGCUCCUCGAGUGCGAGGACUCCACUAAAAGGAAGAGGGAUAAAAGGCUUCCAUUUGCUUCUGAAAUUCACUUUUUCCAACCAGCCAAACACUUCGUAGGGAUUUUACUGUACAACACAUACGACCCUUCGGUGCUAUAGAACAAGAAAACAACCUUUUUAGCAACGUGUACAUUUGCUAGAUAAAUGUUUUUCCCCAUUAAGUAAUUUACUUUGCUUAGACUAAUCCCUCCGUGUCCACAAAAAACGCCAUCACGCGAACGGUUCCCGGCCUAAUCUGUCCGGGCCAGAGCUCCAAAUGGUGUCUGAGAGAGCUGAUUAUAUUUCUAAAUGAUGCACAGGACAGAUUGUGGACGACAACCUGGAGUGAAAGCGUCCUCCUGUGUGCAAUAAGUCUGCCGUAGAACACGGAACCUGCCGGUCUGGACACCCUUCAGAGAACACAGAAUAAAGCGAGUGGGUGCGAGUGAGUUGUCCUUCCGAUAGCCGGGUAAAAUUGUACUUUAAACACUUUUCCCCCAAGUUCGUUUUGCCAACUUUCCCCCUAAUGUGUUGUGGGAACGUUGAUUGUUAAGGAGAACUCAAUGUGAGUCCGUAGCCGGUUUGUUUGUCUGUAUACGAAGCUGCUGAAGUGUAGCGAAGGACUGAAGUGAACCCAAAGCAACAUCCUCCUGUUGUUGUGUUUCUACUCUGAUGUCUGGAAACUGUUGAGUUCUGUUUUGUCCUUUUUUGCGAUAUCAGAUUCUUCAGAAAGAAUUUGUAUGUAUUUGCUUCUCAGAAUUGGUUUUUAAGGCCUUUUUCAUUGUUGUUGUCCUCCCGGGUUGACGGAAAUGUUCAUAAGAAGAUCAUGCUGCCGAAUUUAUAAAUGUAUUUUUUAUUAAAGAUUUAAUUAUUUUUUA